AUGCCGAAGCUGCAGAUGCAGCUGCUGAAGGGCAUCCUGGUGAUGGAGCCCCGGCGGCGCCUCAGCGCUCGGGAGAUGCUUCGGAUGCCUUGGUUUGAGGGCAUCAAGCUUCCAAGAUCACUGCGACCUCCUUCACAGACGCAGUCGCGUGGCAUGAGGCCGGAAUCCAGCGGCUCCGUGCCGGCAGUGACGCCAGCGCAAGCUGAGCGGUCGUUGCCUGAACGGACACCGGCGGCAGAGCGGACGCUGGCCGAACGGAUGCCAGCCGAGCGGAUCCCAGCUGAGCGGAUGCCAGCUGAGCGGAUGCCAGCUGAGCGCACGCCGGCCGAGCGCAUGCCGGGAGAGCGCUUGCCCGCCGAGCGGAUGCCCGCCGAGCGGAUGCCCGCCGAGCGCAUGCAAGCCGAGCGGAUGCCUGGUGAGCGCUCAACACAGGCAGCAGCGCGGCCGGCACAGGUGCCACCGGCAACGGGCCCGCGGGCUUUCGAGACCGUCCCAAUGAUGCAGCCUCCGCCCCAAGAGGCAUCGGCGACUCCAUCUUGGCAUUACGAGCAGCAGAUGCGUCUGGAGCAACUGCUUUCCCAGCUCAUGCAGCAAGGGGAAGGUGGUGGAGCUGGCGCUGGAAAUUCUAGCUUUCCACCUGG